AGACUAUGCUCGCGUUGACCGGACUCAUCAUUUGUUCCCGCUUCACUUGACAUCUGACGUUACGCCGCCCGGGAUCCGGCCGCCCCGAAAACCCAAUAGUAGACACCAAUGAAACGUUUGCUUGGGUACCACACACGCGAAGGAUUUCGAGUGAGUCAUACUGAGAUCUCGACAAAAUGUUUUGCAAAAUGAUGUUUCAAUGACCUAGCCGUCUGUGAACUCCUGAGAUACCUCUAUCGUUACAGCCGCAGUGUUAUCCACAUUUCCACAGCCGAUAUCCAAAUUCAAAAAUAUCAACAUGGGUCUUACAAUGCGCCCGGCCACCAGCGCCGAUACCCCCGCCAUGUGCGCAGUCUUCUUCGAUGCGUUCCAGAAUCACGGCACUAACACGCGCAUCUUCCCCGCCUCCUCGCCACAUGCGCAAUCCUUCAUUUUCAACACCCUCAGUGCCGAGAUCUCGAACCCGCGGGCGUAUUUCCAUGUCAUCACCGAUUCUUCCUCACCAACGCCAGAGAAGAUCAUCGCAUUCGCCAAAUGGAACGGUCCUGACCCCAAACCUGGAUCUGAUUCAAAUUACCAGAAACCAGCACAGCUACCGUUUCCCGAGGACGGGGAUACGGAACUCGCUAAGGAGUUCUUCGAGACGAUAGCUCAGAAGCAGGAGGAGCAUAUGGGGAUGCGGAGACAUUGGUGUUUGGGGCUUAUUGGGGUGAAGACGGAGGUGCAGGGGAGGGGAGCGGGAGGAAUGUUGGUGAAGUGGGGGUUGGAUAGGGCCGAUGCAGAUGGACUUGAGGCGUAUCUGGUUGCCAGUCCGUCGGGGGCGCCGAUCUAUCGGAGGUACGGCUUUGAGGAUAUCGAGGUCUGGACGUUGAAAGGGCAUACGGAGUGUUUCAUGUUGAGGAAAGCGAAGGCUGGAAAACUGUGCCCGUGAAGGGGCGAUUCAGUGUACAUGGAAUCACUUGUUGAAAUCGUAAAUGAUGGAUUGGAUAAUACACAGCUAUACCAAAGCGUAGAAAUUGCUGGUUUUAUUGACUUAGUCGCCGCCGGACGUCUUGGGUGACUUGUCUAGGUGUCUUAAAUCGGCAUUGGCGGAUAUAAUUAUAUAAUCUCGUUCCC